UACAAGUAAACAUACAAUCACAAAAUAGUUUUAAAUACAAGUAUAGAUACAACUUCAAAGUUCUUUUAAAUACAAGGAUUUUUAAAAUGUGAAAGUGAUAUAUAAAAUUUUAAGCCUUGUCAUAUCCACGAGAAAAUACCACAAAUGCCUGAAAAAAUCAAUUUAAAUUGAUUCAAACACUUAAACUCUUUAAUUAAAACCACAAGGGCUUUAAAGAGCUUUUCUAAUAGAAGUUAAUUGAAUUACCUUUAAAUCUUUAGCAACACAUCGUUGCGACCUUUGUGACCCACAUCAGUAAUGAAUGCUUUUAUGCCUUUAAACUCACUUUUCACACGGUUACUCACUUAUUUUUCAUAAAUAUUUUUUUAAAUACCUUAACCGCAGUUUUUAUUGCGGCCAAAUGAUUUUGUUGCGGCUGCCAUCGAUUUUAAAUAAUUGCACUAAUUAAAUGAUGCAACAGUCGUGAAUGGCGUGCGUAAUGCAUUUUCUGUUUCUGUGCAUUCAGGGUGUGGCAGUUAAAUAUUUUAAUUGCGCUUUAUGAAAACAUUUAGUAAAUGAAAAUUGUUUUCCUUGACCGCUCAGUCGGAAAGUAGGCAAUCAUUUCAGUUGUUCCACCAGCAUUGAAGAUUUAAAUUCCUUUUGCGAAAAUGACUCCGCCAGUUGCACAAGCAACUAAGCAGAUACAGAUACAAUUACAGAUACAGAUACACACUCGAGGGAAGCCCCAAAGUGUGCAAUUAAUUUUACAAUAAUUAAAUUGAAACUCAACCACAUCCCAUAUACAUAUAUAUAUAUAUAUAAUUAUAUGUAUCUUUUACAUGACUUUCUGCUGGCCGGCAUGGCCUGGCAUAUCCAUAACCCGAAAAUAUUUAAACCGAAAUUAUAAUGAAAUGCAUACUUAGUUAAUUUCAACUUACAUCGAAAACUUUACUUAAUUAAACCAACUUAAAGCCGCACAAAAUGAGAAGAAACUUCGAUGGGCAGCGGGCUGAAAAGGAGUAAACAAUGUGGCCCGCCCCCUUUUUUCCACCAGAAACACCCAUUUUCCACUCGUAUUGUGAUUUUUUUCGGUUUUUUUUCUUACUUUUCUGGCUCUGUUUUCUCUUCAAUAUUUUUUAAUGAAACCAUAAAGUUUAUAAUUACCAUAAAAUUUACUUGUUCGGUUCGUUUUUGUCCUGAGGUUUCUUCAUGAUGCGGGCAGUAAAAAAAACUUUAGUUUGACCUGGCACACACACACACGCAAAGGCAUUAUGUACGUAUGUAUAGAGUGAGAGGGCGUUGGUGAUUGUGGGUGGGCGUGGCAUUUCAUAAACUAAUGCCAAAAUGGUAGAAAUUUAUGGCAAGAAAUAUGAGAAACGGGUUGAGCUCCAAAGUCCGGCAUGAAAAGCACGGACACACACAUGUGUGUGUGUGUGAGUGUGUGUGUGUGGGGGGGAGGGUUUACCCCUCCUAGCCCAGCUUUGUUUUUGGCCAAACGUGCGAAUAUUUUUGCAACUUUUGGUCCAAAGUUGCACAGGAAAUGGGCCUGGCAUAUGGUUGCCACCGUGGCCAGAAGGACACGGUGACAUCGGGACAUUGGGACUGUAGAAUAGGAGCGCCGGGCCCCUAAUCCCAGGACCCUUAUGCCCUCCGUCCUCCCGCCCCCAAAUCCCAAAAACUAAACUCUGUGCAGAAUGCGUUUGCUUUGGUUUUUGAUUUGUUUUUGUUGUUCGAGGAGCGGGAGAAGGACGCCUCUGUUCGAACGAGCCUGCUGCAUGCAGAUGCGAGAAUAUGCUUUAUGUAGGCGCUGACACAGUGGGCGUGGCUGUGGUCAGGGGCGGAAAAUUCAAUUCAAUUGUCAACAGCAACCAGUACCGAACACUGAACACCGAACACCGAACACCGAAUACCGGAAUACCAAGCAUACCGAACGCAGCGAACGGAGCCAACAGCUCAAAAUCACCCAACACCCAGGACAGCUCAUCCUGUGGCCACAGAGCUAGGCGCCAGUUUAGAGGUUUGAGUUUGGGCACAGCAUCCGGGGCUUAGCUUCUUUUCUGUGGGCCAGGCCACCGCUCACCGCUUCAACUGCAGCACUCACACGUUAUAUAAUGUGGCAUCAUUUUGUGGUCAGCAUUUAUGCAGACCAUAUACAAUUUUUCAGGCCUUUUGUUGACAUGGCCCCUCUCGUUGCGGUUUAUGUGGAGGAGGGGUUCAACCCCUGUUCUGACUUUUGACUGCAAUGGAGAGCAGCCAUUUAAUGCACAAGCCAUGUCAAAAGUCAUGCGAGCAGGUGGCUCAAAGGGUUGCGCCGUGCCAUUGAAACAACUCAAUAUCCUUUUGGACGCACGCCUUGCAAACUUCACCCACUGCCACCCACUUUAAUUGAUUGUUAUCAUGGGUGGCAAGUGGCGGGUUGUGGUGGCAAGGAGUACAGGGGGCCAUUAGCAGUGGCAAACAAAAUAAACUGAUACCCGGGUCACGAGUCCUUUUGCCUCACUGCCGCCACAUGAUUAUUAUUUCAGUCCAUUGUUUUUGGUUAUUGUUGUACUAGUGGUUUUUGCCAUUUCAAGCAUCUUUGGCUUGUCAUGCGAGAUACGUAGAAUGUUGAGUUGAGUACUGAAUACUGAAUGCUGAAUCCCUGAAUGCUCAACGCUGACAACGGGGACACAAUAACAAUGGUAAAAUGUAUAUUUUAAUUGUACUCCCGAGUAAAAACAUAUAUCAAACUAAAACACACAACUACAGCUACAGCUGCAGGACGAAAGCAAAAUAGCAAAAGCAAAAACAAUGCAAGAACCAUGAACUCUCCAAACUCUCGACUCUCAAGCGGAAAUGGCAGACCAGAGACAACAACAAGACUAGCAAUAAUAAUAACAAGUACAUCUAGCAAUGGCAAUGGCAGCUCCCGACCAGCUUCAGAUUCAGUUGACACACUGAGCGAAAAACUGCGUCAUUAAAUUAGAAAACAGAGGCCAAAAAAAUGGUAUUAAUCCCAGGCCAAUUGUUUGAUUUGAACUUUGUUUUUAUACAUAUAUUUUACUAAUGAUUCUAGUAAACUAAAAAAUACCACAAGUGCUUGCCUUUGACAAUGUGUCAAAAAUAAUUUCCUUAGAGUAUUUUAAAUUUGAGAAAUAUAAAUGUCAAUCAGAUUAAUGUCAUGUGCAUUAUUUGAUGAUACGUGCAGCUAUUCUGAUUUAUUUUCCCCUAGUGUAGCUGCCUCACAAAUGUGAGCUCUGGGACGGUGGCAUCAACUGGGGGCAGGAGGCAGCCUCAAGUGGCGCUUAAUGAAAGCGCAACAGACAACGGCAGGACCGCAGGAACACGACCACACGACAACUGAGCGGGACAGGAUUGGGUGGACAGGGGGACAUGGACAUGGACAUAGACGGGGAGUGGGAGGAAGUGUAAGAGCAGGAGAUGCAGGACAACUAAAUAGGCGAACCGCAAAAACUCAUCGUCAAGGAGCGACAGAUACGGCCAGGGAAAAGUGGGAAAAUAGAUGGGGAAUCCAACUAUGCAGCCAUAAUAAAAUUCACGGGGAAUUGAGAUGAAAGCUGUGAGCGAGCACAGUCGUCCGUAGGACCUCAAGCCGAUGCCGCAUCCGAGUUCGAGUCCCUAGUCCCCCUCACUCCAUCCGCCGUAUCCCGGCAUACCCGGAAAGGAGGAGGAGGAGCCGCUCGAAUUGCGGCUGGGGCUGUCACUUAGCGCGUGACAUGUGUCAAAACAAGCGGCAACCGCAGCGAGACCGUGACCAGAAGAGCCUCCCAGAAUCCUAGCCUGCUGCACAAGUGCAUGCCCGGCUUCGUCCUGGGAGUGCUGCUAAUAUCCUUCCACAGCAGCGGUGAAAUGGAUUUGGGCGGUUGGCAGCCUCAAAAUCUGGGCGUGGUGGCACUCAGUGUGUGUGAGUUGCCGAAGCGGAAGCAGCCUAAAACCAAAAAGGAGAUUGACUUUAAAUUAAGAGCACAAACCGCUGGAAGUCUAAAGGUCUUUUGCAACAGAGAAACAGACUUUCUCAGCUUCAUGUUCCUUUAAGAAAACAUAAAAAUAACAGCAUAAAAAAAGCACUUAGUUUAAUGAUUAAAACAGAUUGCUGAUUAAGUCCUCUUUGCCAGCAUUUCUGCUAUUCUAUGUCACUAUAUCUAGUUUACAUAUUUUAUGCUGGGCAUUGCUGUUUGUAAAAUCUUUAGGAGCGAGAGUUCCUUCGUGGAAAUAUUUCCAUUGCAUGUGCAGCAAGUAUUCCACUUUCGUAUCGGACACCCAAUGGAGUUCAAACACCCUGGAGCGAAUCGCAGUUCAAGGAUCGCUGGUGGGGAAAUAUCGUUUGCGUGAUUUACACUCCCAAUUGCAUGGCAAUUACAAGUCCAUUAACAUUGCCAUUAACCCUUGGAGUGCCUCCUCCAACGAGGGGCAGCCAGCCAGUGAGAUGGAGUGCAGCACAAUGGCAACAAUGGGCAGAGCGAUUAAUGGUCAAGCAGGCGAGAGCUAUUUAUGGCCCAGGAAGAGCCCAUAUUACUUUGACAAGGACAAACUGUUGCCUGCCUGUGGAAAGUGUCCUUCCAGCCCAACCAACACUCCAAUCCCUCCGCCACUUGCACAGUUUUGUGUUGUAAAUAAUCACAAAACUCUCUCCGUUCCCCCAGAUAGUGUCUCACUACCCAUAGCCGCCCAUCCUCCUUCCGGUUUGUGUUUGUCAAGUAAGCAGCUUUCCUCAAGUGCCAAGUGCCAUUGACAGCAACCCGGCGAACUACUCCUUCCAGGAGGAUGAUAUCUCAUCCCAAAUAUCCUGCUAUCCUGCUACCAUGUGUGUGUGCGGUCGCAGUGGAUAAUGGGAUUUCGGUUUAUUAAUUAACCAACUUUAUGCCUGCUGAAUUGAGAGCGGAGCACACGACCAGGUUGGCUUAGACCACAACUAGGAAUCAUUGGCCAUCUUUAGUGGAAUUGAAUUAAGUGAUGUUACAUACACACACACUCUCAUAUCGAUUGCCACCACAACGCACACAUUGUCAUAUCGAGCAUACGUAUGCGAAAUGUGCAAAUAAAAUGCACAAAACUUUGAUUUAUUUCCACGUAAAACAAACAUUGAAAAGGCUCAACGUCGCACUGUUCAAAUACACACAGAUGUGUGGGGAGCUGUAGUACUGUAGGUAGUACGUAAUCCCAGGUAGCACCACUACCCGAUCCUUUCGUCCUUUUGGUCGCUGCCUGUUUAUGUGUACACAUUCAUUAAAAUGUCGAACAUCGAAAGUGCCUAUUCAGGUUGUUGCCACGCCCACGGCACACACUCUCCCACACACACACACACACACACGCACUUACAUUUGCAUUGGCAACCUGCAACUGCAACAGCAACAACACGCAACUGCAUCUGCAUCUGCAUCUGCAAAUAAUUGUCAGCUUACUGACUCGCAUUCAAUGCAGCAACAACGGCAACCAAAAUGAAACAAUCACGUGCUCCAUGAGAUCUAUGCAAGCGUGCUAUAAAUGCACGUGAAAGUGGGAUCCAAAGUGGGGAUUUCAAAUGCUGAAUUCUGGUUGCACCACCGAAAAAAAGGGGGGAACGGUAGCUGCGGCGGAAGUCAAACGGUAUUUGUAAUGAAAACAGGGGCAUGUAUAUGCAGCGCCCGUUUGCGCCCCUUUCCAAACGAGGAGAUUUUUUUCCUUGCCGUUUUGGUGCAUUGCCAACGCACUUCAGUUGCAGGGAGACAGGAGGGCGGGGCAGGCAAGAGAUAUUUGAAUUGGGAGCAGGGAGCAGCGAGCAGGGAGUGCAGCGGGGUGCAUUGGGAAAGCUGCACAUGACGCGUGAUUUAUGUAUUUUCGUCAAAUGGCAGCCACCGCAGCAGCAGCAGCAGCAGUGGGACAAAGCUGCCAUGAAAUGCUAAUGAUGCCAUGACUCGAAUGCUUUCAUAACCCACCAACGAGUGUCGCACACAACCGAACACACACCACACACCACACACACACACACAUACGCUUAAACACCAUACAUAUAUAACCAUACCAGUGCCCUAUCUCCUUAUAUGCAUAUGCCAGCACUAACCCGGUUUUAUGUCCU